CGGUUGCUGCCCGCUACCUAGAAGGAUGUGCGCUUGCGCGUUAGAGAGAUCACUGUCCGCUCUUCCUAUUGGUUCGUUUUUGGAACUCGGAGAAUACGAAAUAUCCAGCCAAUAGGGGCAGAGAUUCCAGAGCUGGGUUUGUGUGCCUCCGCUGAGGUGAUCUGUCGCAGAGCGGAGGAGGUGCUUUGGCGCUUCUCAGGCUCCUCCUCUACCCUUGCGGCCUUUCUAACGUUGGCCCUGCUCUUGUGGCCUCCCGCAGAAUGUGGAUGACGCCCAAAAGAAGCAAGAUGGAAGUCGACGAGGCUCUAGUUUUCCGGCCCGAGUGGACCCAGCGUUAUUUGGUGGUGGAGCCUCCGGAGGGCGACGGGGCCCUGUGCCUGGUCUGUCGCCGCCUCAUCGUAGCUACCCGCGAACGCGACGUCAGGCGCCACUACGAGGCUGAGCACGAAUACUACGAGCGGUAUGUGGCGGACGGCGAGCGCGCGGCCCUGGUGGAGCGUCUGCGUCAGGGCGACUUGCCCGUGGCCUCGCUCACUCCUGAAGAGAGAGCUGCUCGUGCAGGCCUCGGACUCUGCCGCCUCUUGGCCUUGAAGGGUCGCGGCUGGGGUGAGGGAGACUUUGUAUACCAGUGUAUGGAGGUAUUGCUGAGAGAGGUACUGCCCGAGCAUGUAAGCGUCUUGCAAGGCAUUGACUUAUCUCCAGAGAUCACAAGGCAGAGGAUCCUGAGCAUUGACGGGAAUCUACGCAGCCAGCUUUUUAACCGAGCCAGGGACUUUAAAGCCUAUUCUCUUGCCCUGGACGACCAGGCUUUUGUGGCCUAUGAGAACUACCUCCUGGUCUUUAUCCGCGGGGUAGGCCCUGAGCUGGAGGUGCAAGAAGAUCUUCUGACCAUAAUCAACCUGACUCAUCAUUUCAGUGUUGGUGCGCUCAUGUCGGCAAUCCUAGAGGCCCUGCAGACAGCAGGGCUUAGCUUGCAGAGAAUGGUUGGACUGACUACGACCCAUACUUUGAGGAUGAUUGGUGAGAACUCAGGACUCGUCUCAUACAUGAGAGAAAAGGCUGUAAGCCCCAACUGUUGGAAUGUGAUUCAUUAUUCAGGAUUUCUUCACUUGGAACUGUUGAGCUCCUAUGAUGUAGAUGUUAAUCAGAUCAUAAAUACCAUAUCCGAAUGGAUAGUUUUGAUUAAGACCAGAGGCGUUAGGCGACCUGAAUUUCAGACUUUACUAACUGAAUCUGAAUCAGAGCAUGGCGAAAGGGUUAAUGGACGAUGUCUGAACAAUUGGCUUAGGAGAGGGAAAACUUUAAAACUAAUAUUCUCUCUAAGAAAAGAACUGGAAGCUUUCUUGGUUUCAGUAGGGGCAACAACAGUCCACUUCUCAGACAAACAAUGGCUUUGUGACUUUGGCUUCUUGGUAGACAUUAUGGAACACCUUCGAGAACUCAGUGAAGAAUUACGAGUUAGUAAAGUCUUUGCUGCUGCUGCCUUUGACCAUAUUUGUACUUUCGAAGUGAAGCUGAAUUUAUUUCAAAGACAUAUUGAGGAAAAAAAUCUAACAGACUUUCCUGCCCUCAGAGAAGUUGUUGAUGAGCUAAAACAGCAAAAUAAGGAAGAUCAAAAAAUAUUUGAUCCUGAUAGGUAUCAAAUGGUGAUCUGUCGUCUACAAAAAGAAUUUGAGAGGCAUUUUAAGGACCUCAGGUUCAUUAAAAAGGACUUAGAGCUUUUUUCAAAUCCAUUUAACUUUAAACCUGAAUAUGCACCUAUUUCAGUAAGGGUGGAGCUGACAAAACUUCAGGCAAACACUAAUCUUUGGAAUGAAUACAGAAUCAAAGACUUGGGGCAGUUUUAUGCUGGAUUGUCUGCUGAAUCUUACCCAAUUAUCAAAGGGGUUGCCUGUAAGGUCGCAUCCUUGUUUGAUAGUAACCAAAUCUGCGAAAAGGCUUUUUCAUAUUUGACACGAAACCAACACACUUUGAGUCAGCCAUUGACAGAUGAGCAUCUCCAAGCCCUGUUUCGGGUUGCCACAACUGAAAUGGAGCCGGGUUGGGAUGAUCUUGUGAGAGAAAGAAAUGAAUCUAAUCCAUAAGACUUUGUAGUACAAGAUUGAAAAACUCAACAAGAAUUUAAUUCUAAAAGCAAAAAUCGGUUUGAGUUUUCAAGUUUACUAAUUUGGAUUGUGAGAAAGUACCAAGUACCAGCCGUCCAAACUGAUCACAAUUAAAAUUCUGACAGUUGCCUUUUUUUUCAUCUCAAAUGGCAGCAUGGGACUGAAACAUGAGAAUGCCACCUUUUUUAAAACUUAGUUUAAUGACAAAGUCGUUGUCUUUUAUGAUAUAGUUAAUUUUAAAGAGAUUUAGUAUUAAUGUGAGUUGAAUUUGCAGUCUGUUUUUUAGGUGUUCUGAAGAUAUAUGCCAAAAAUUUCAGCUCUUGUUUUAAUGGAGUGUUAAAAUUCUGUUUCAUAUAGUCUUAAAUUAUCAACUCUUUAAAUGUGCUUUUGAACCAAUUUGCAGAAACUCACAUAGCAAGUUCAUAAGUUUCUGAAAAGGAAGACCAUACAUACAGUGGAGGUGUUUUGUCUAUCAAAAUGUUUGAGAGUUUUUUUUAAACAUUUCUGAGUCCGAAGGUAAUAUUGACAAAUUUCUUCCCUCUUCCCUCCCCAUCACCCACCUCAGUGAUACCGACAUUACUGAUAGAGGAAGUCAUUAGAAUCAUUUUUAAGUUGCUGAUAUAGGAGAUUUCCUGCAAUUUGGAGAUAAGACUAAUUAUUGGGGGUUUUCCUUGGAUUUUUUUUUUAUAACUGGGGGCUAUUUUAUCAGCUUGCCUAUUAAAGGACUAUGGUAAGUAUAGAAUCUUAAUGGUUGCCAGUUAGUAAUUAUUUUUUUUUUUUUACUGUAGACGCAAGUUUGGCCCUAUCAAAAAGGAUGAGGAAAAAAGAUUUUUGCACUCCGGGAUUAGGAGGCAUCAACACUAGGAGAAAAUGACAUGCUAUUUACUUGCUACUUUCCUUUACAGAUGAUUUUUGGCUCUUCUGGGAUUUAAAAGUAAGUAAAUUUAACAAAAUAGAAGACUGACUCAGCCCUUCUGGUCACUAUAUAUUCAGUUCACUUGUUUUUGUACCUGCACAAUGUCCUUAUCACCCAAAGGGAGAUGACCCAAAAGUAACAUCUAGUUAAUGUAUACUUCUAAAGUUUGUUGUAUUUCUUUGCCUUCUUGUUCCCAUGCCUCUCUGAACUUAAUUUCUGGGUAACUGAGGCUUUUCAGGCUUGAGUGGGAAAGCCACACCCUUAGUCUAUUUCCUUAAGCCUUUCUGACCAAUUUAAGGGAUUAACUAGUAUAAUCUUAGUUGGACUUUUAGUCUGAGGCAUACUAAGUCAUUCAGAGAUCUUAACAGUAGGUGUCAUAGUCAUCCAGUGAUUUGGUCCUUGCUGCAGGGUCUCACUUUGUCACCCAGGCUGGAGUGCAGUGGUGCAAUCUCAGCUCAAUGCAAUCUCUGCCUUCCUGGCUCAAGCAGUUCUCCCACUGCAGCCUCGCAAGUAGCUGGGACUACAGGUAUAUGCGACUACACCCAGCUAAUUUUUGUAUUUUUAUGUGGAGACAGGGUCUUGCUAUAUUGCCCAGGCUAGUCUCAAACUCCUGGACUCAAGCAGUCUGCCCGCCUCAGGCUCCCAAAAUGUUGGUGUUACAAGUGUGAGCCUCUGCACCCGGCUGCAAAACUGGCUUUUAAUCAACCUUUUGGCUAAAGGAUUUCUCUUUUUAUUUAUUUUUAAAAAGAUUUCUUGCUGGGCGUGGUGGCUCACGCCUGUAAUCCUA